GCAGCGACUGCUGGAAGCUCUGAAGUGGCCCAGGUACUGCUGCCUCUGACACACGGGAAUAAGGAGAGAAAGCUCAGCGCAGGGACUUCCUGGAUGCUCCAGUCUUCUGCCCUGUGGCUUUCCUAGACAGGCUCUUGGCCUCAGCUCCUCCUUCACAAGCACUCAUUUAGCUGCUCGCCUGCUGAUCAUCCUUUGCUCCGGGCUCGCAGCAGAGGCAACAGUCUAGUGUCCGAUUUGGGCACGUGAGUGCUGCAAACCCAGACAGCGGGCAGGUAUGAAGAGUCCUCACAAAAAUGCAGCUGCAAGAGAGCCAAUGGGAGACACUAUAGGCCACCACAUUGGCUCUACAACCAUCAAGAAGAAAAAGGCUGCUCACAAGAAGCAAAGGAGCGGACCUUCCUCCCAGUCCCGAAGGAACAUCGUGGGCUGCAGAAUUUCUCAUGGGUGGAAGGAAGGAAAUGAGCCCAUAACACAGUGGAAAGGAACUGUUCUGGAUCAGGUUCCUAUAAAUCCCUCUCUCUAUCUGGUGAAAUAUGAUGGAAUUGACUGUGUCUAUGGACUAGAACUUCACAGAGAUGAAAGGAUUUUAAAGCUUAAAAUCCUUCCUGAUAAGGUGUCCUUUUCUCGAGUCAGCGAUGUACGCCUUGCUAAUACCAUAGUUGGCAAAGCAGUGGAACACAUGUUUGAGGGUGAGCAUGGCUCUAAGGAUGAAUGGAGGGGGAUGGUCCUGGCCCAAGCACCUAUCAUGAACGCCUGGUUUUACAUUACCUAUGAGAAAGAUCCUGUGUUGUACAUGUACCAGCUUCUGGAUGAUUAUAAAGAGGGCGACCUCCGUAUCAUGCCAGAGUCCAGUGCAUCUCCUCCAGCAGACAGGGAGCCAGAAGGAGUUGUAGAUGGCCUGAUAGGUAAACACGUGGAAUACACCAAAGAAGAUGGCUCCAAGAGGACAGGCAAGGUCAUUCACCAAGUUAAAGCUAAACCCUCUGUGUAUUUCAUCAAGUUUGAUGAUGAUUUCCAUAUCUAUGUCUAUGAUUUAGUUAAAAAGAACUCAUAGGGUCAAUUUUCCAUAGUGUGGGGAGGAAAAUGUGUACUUUGUUGAUGUGCAAAAAAAUGUUAAUUUUUCAGUGUAUUAAAAGCCUGAGGGUUUCUGAAAACCCAGAAUGUUUGCCAACAUCACUGCUGUUUUGUUCUGAAGAAUACUAGUCUGUGGACAUGACCUGUUAUAUGUAAAAACUUUGUCUUGUGUAAGAGAUGAGUAUGUUUGGUGGAUGGGAUAUGAAGGAACAGCUGUCAAUUUAACCUGUGAAUAAA